GCUGUUUUCCAACACCGGAGAAUCAAUUUAUACAAUGAAGAUGUACUCUCCGUGGAGCUUAGCAUUUAUCCUACUCAUAACACAGCUGAUGCUCUUUGGUUCUGUCUGCUAUGGUGGAAAGGUGCUGGUAAUUCCACUGGAGGGAAGCCAUUGGGUUAAUAUGGAUAUCCUCAUUAGAGGUCUUCACGCUCGAGGACACACCGUUACUGUGAUACGGUCUGACAAGAGCUGGUACAUCAAGGAGAAGUCCCAGCACUACAGCUCUAUCACAGUUCCUGUAUCAGCUGGCAUCGAUGAGGACUUUGUUAAAACGGCGAUAAGGACUGUGAUCGAGAUUGAGCGAGGAAAGAGCUCCCUGUUGAAUUUUUUGCUCUUGCAAAAGGAGAUGUUUCACAAAAUGUCUGAGGCUCACAGGAUGGUGAUUAACAUGGCAGUGAAUAUAUUUGAAGACAAGAACUUAAUAAAGACUCUUAAGGAAAGUCAAUAUGACCUGAUGCUGACAGACCCGGCCUGGGGUUCAGGUAUCUUGGUGGCUCACUAUCUUAAUAUCCCCCUGGUGUACAACGUGCGGUGGGUCACAAGUGGGGAGGGUCAUUUCGCUAUCACUCCAUCACCAAUAUCCUACAUUCCCAUGACAGGAUCUGGACUGUCAGACAAAAUGACUUUUGUUGAGAGGGUCAAAAACAUGCUUUUCUAUGGGCUCAUGCUCUUUCAAGACAGGUUUCUUAUCAGGCCCAUUUACCAGGCUGUUUGUGACCAGUACUUUGAUGCACAUGUUGACUUCUAUGAGCUUUUACAAGCAGCCGACAUCUGGCUCAUGAGGGUAGAUUUUGUCUUUGAAUUCCCACGCCCCACCAUGCCUAAUGUUGUCUAUAUGGGUGGAUUCCAGUGCAAGUCUUCCAAGCCCCUUCCAGAAGAUCUGGAGGAGUUUGUUCAGAGUUCCGGAGAGCAUGGCAUCAUUAUCAUGUCUUUAGGGACAUUUGUUGGCCACCUGCCACAUGGUCUAGCUGAUGAGAUAGCUGCUGCUUUUGCUCAGCUGCCUCAGAAGGUCAUUUGGAGGUACACAGGGGAUAGGCCAGUUACCCUGGGUAACAACACCCGAUUGGUCAACUGGAUGCCACAGAAUGACCUUCUGGGACAUCCCAAAACCAGAGUCUUUGUGGCCCAUGGGGGAACCAAUGGAGUGCUAGAGGCUAUUUACCAUGGUGUCCCUGUGGUGGGGUUGCCACUGUUUUAUGACCAAUACGACAAUCUCCUUAGACUAAAAGAACGGGGAGGAGCCACAAUUCUGAGUGUAGGUACUGUAGACAGCAGCAUCUUCUUCCAGGCCUUACAGGAAGUGCUCCAUGACCCAUCCUAUAGGAUGAACAUGCAGAGACUCUCCAGGCUGCACCGGGAUCAGCCAAUGAAACCACUGGACCUCGCCCUCUUCUGGAUUGAGUUUGUUAUGAGACACAAAGGUGCUGCUCACCUGCGCACAGAGUCCUAUAAGAUGCCCUGGUAUGUCUACCACUCUGUGGAUGUCAUAGCAGUCUUGCUAGCACUUAUGUUACUCAUCUUAAUCAUUGUCAUUGCUGUUAUCAGAUAUCUGUGCUGUAGGUUGUGCUGUAAAAGAAAAAUAAAACAUGACUAAUUGUGAAUGCACUUAUAUUAACAAUGUAAGAAUAAAAUAUAUUUGAGGAAUAAAUUGUCCGUGAGAGGUGAUCUAAGACCAGUUCAUGCUGCUCA